CGACUAGCUUGAAAAAAAUUGCUUUCUUGAUUUCCGGCUGUUUGACAAAAGCUCUUUCCGUUUUGUUGUAGAAAAGUGUUCGCACUUAAAUUUGUUACCGCUUGGCAUUUGAGGUUUCAAAAUGACCAAGGGUACCUCCAGCUUUGGUAAACGUCGUAAUAAGACCCAUACGCUGUGCCGUCGGUGCGGCCGGUCUUCUUACCACAUCCAGAAGCACACUUGCUCCCAAUGUGGAUAUCCGUCCGCUAAGAUCCGUACCUACAACUGGUCGAUCAAGGCCAAGAGGAGGAAGACCACCGGAACUGGCCGCAUGCGCUACCUGAAGAUUGUGCGUCGCAAGUUCCGCAACGGUUUCCGCGAGGGACAGGUCGCCAAGCCCCGCAAGGCUGCCGCAUAAACACAACAACAACAAGAGCGAAUACACAUAAACAAACAUCAAGAUCCAUUGUCUUUGCUGCGACUGUGUAAGAAAGACAAUUGAAGCGUGAACCGGCCCGGAUGUCGGUUUGCUUUUCUAUUUGCUUUCUUUUAUUUUCCACGGCACAUGUGUAACAGGAACUUCUUGUGAGAAAUGUUAAGAACAUAAAAUACAAUUUUCUCAAAGACACGUAA